AUGAAACUGAAAAGUUCAUGGGUAGUGGAGCACAACCUAAGGGAAAUUCUGAGGGGGCAGGCACUCCCGGUAAUGGGGUUUCCAAUGGGUAGUAUCGCAACUUGGAACAUUAGGGGGUUGAACCGCCCUCUCAAACAAAAAGAGGUUCGUCAAGUGGUCAAUGAAAACCACUUGAAUGUAUGUGCUAUCAUCGAAUCACAUAUGGAUGUUUCUAAAUUGUUUGAUGCAUGUAAAAAGAUUUGUAGGAAUUGGGAUUGGACAUCCAAUGGGGGGCUAUGCAGUAAAGGUACCCGCAUUAUUGUUGGAUGGAAUUCGGAUUUGGUUGAUGUAAUGGUGUUGGCUCAAUCAAAUCAGGUUAUUCAUACACAAAUCACUUAUAAAGUUGAUUCAAAAUCAUUAUUUUGCUCUUUCGUUUAUGCUGAUAACUAUUACAAAAAUAGAAGAGAACUUUGGCAAAAUUUAGGUACACACAAAGAGUUUGUUCGUGGAAAACCAUGGAUCGUUCUUGGGGAUUUUAACUCUUCUUUAAACUUGGAAGAUAGUUACCUUGGGACAUCAUCAGUUCACAUUGGAAUGCGUGAAUUUAAGGAAUGUGUUGAAGAUAUUGAAGUUAUGGAUAUCAAAGGGACUAGUUUGCAUUACACUUGGAAUCAGAAACCAAAAAAAGGCGUCGGAAUCCUUAAAAAGAUUGACAGGGUCAUAGGUAAUGUUCAUUUUGUUGAAGAUUUUCCUGCCUCACAUGCAAUAUUUCAACCUUACAGGGUCUCUGAUCAUUCUCCAUGUGUUGUGAAGUUACUAUCGGUUACAAGAGACCGACCAAAACCUUUCAAGUUUGCUAACUUUCUUGUAACGAAAAAUGGCUUUAGAGAAGCUGUUAAUGUUGUAUGGUCCAAACAAAUAGAUGGUCACAAAAUGUUCCAAGUUGUUAAGAAGCUCAGGGAACUUAAAUCCCCUCUUCGAAAGUUACUGUUCUCUCAAGGAAAUCUUCAACAGCGUGUAAUGAAGCUUAGAAAUGACUUGGAUGCUGCUCAGCAAGCAAUUGAUAAUGAUCCAUCUAAUAUGGAGCUUAGAGGGGCUGAGUCAAAGUGCCUUAAAGCUUAUGAGGAGGCUUUACUGGAUGAAAAGAGCUUUUUGAAGCAGAAGUCAAAAAUUGAUUGGUUACAGGUUGGUGACACUAAUUCCAAAUAUUUCCAUAAUGUUGUUAAAUGUAAAAAUCAUAGGAGCAGGGUGGAAAGGAUUACGGAUGUUAUUGGUGUAACUCAUGAAGGAGGGGCGGUUGCAGUGCUAUUACACGUCACUAUAAUAACUUUCUAG